CAACAGAAAGAUGUGAGAUUGUCUGGACUGCCCUAUCUCUCUCCAUGUAAGAUUUUCCAUUUUAUUCAAUGCAAUAAGGAUACUUGCAACAAACUUGUUAAGGUAUUUUUAUUUUUUGGUGUCUCAAUCCUAAGAAAUGAUGUCAUAUUCGUUUUGCUUUUGAUUCACUGUUCAGACAUAAAAUUUAUCAAUCUGUGAACCCAGACAAGAUUCGUUUACUUAAAAAUAAGGAUGAGGGCACGUUGUUUUAACGCUAAAAUAUAUUUAUGCAUACACUUGUGUUUCUUGAGUUGCAUUCUGCAAAGAGUUUACACUCAGCACCAGGACGCAAGACAGGGGAAUGCCGGACCAGCAGGUGGUUUAAGGCACAGAAUUCAGUGGCAGCACAAUGGGCAGGUAUUUAGCUUGCUAAGUCACGGAUCGGAAUUUCAGCCACCGAGGCAAAGAGGUACAAAUUCAGCUCAAUCGAGACCCGUCGUCAUCACAAGUAAAAACAAUGAAACAGCGGAGGAAUCCAUUGGAAAUCCCAGCGACGCGCAAAGACCACCUCAAACUUCGAGAGAUUCCCCAAGGCGACCAGGUGCACGGACGCACGCCGGGGGCUUACGCUGGGCUGGAUUUAGUAGACCCCAGGAGCGACGAGACAAUCGAGGUUCUGUACCAAAAACGGACAGUGCCUCUAAUACUACAGACGACAAGCCUUCAGGGACGAAUUCUCCGCCACUCAGCAAUUUGAGACGACAGGAUGCUAUGGCCGGUGACGAUCCUUACAAUCCAUACAAAUCCAUAGACGACAAUAAUCCCUAUUAUAAUUACUAUGACACGUACGAGCGACCUCAACAGCGGAGCAGGCACAGACCAGGGUAUGGCACGAGGUACUAUCAACACGGUCUGCCCGAUUUGGUGCCUGAUCCGUACUAUAUACAAGCCUCAACUUAUGUCCAGAGGGUACCUAUGUAUAACCUAAGAUGUGCUGCCGAAGAAAACUGCUUGGCGAGCUCAGCCGACAGCUCUAGAGACUAUGACACCCGGAUGCUGCUCAGAUUUCCACAGCGUGUGAAGAACCAGGGAACUUCCGACUUCCUCCCAAGCAGGCCACGUUAUGCCUGGGAAUGGCACAGCUGUCACCAGCACUACCACAGCAUGGACGAGUUCAGCCACUACGACCUGCUGGAGGCCGACUCGGAGAGGAGAGUGGCUGAAGGCCACAAGGCCAGCUUCUGCCUGGAGGACACCUCCUGCGACUACGGGCACUACAGGCGCUUCGCGUGCACGGCACACACUCAGGGACUGAGCCCAGGAUGUUAUGACACCUAUAACGCUGACAUCGACUGCCAGUGGAUUGACAUUACUGACGUGAAGCCUGGAAACUAUAUUCUAAAGAUAAGUGUGAACCCCAGCUACCAGGUCCCAGAGUCGGACUACAACAACAACGUGGUGCGCUGCGACCUCCGCUACACUGGCCAGUACGCCUAUCCGUCAGGGUGUCGUCUUUCAGCGUACUAACUGUAGGUGGCUGGGCAAAAUAUGGAAGCCCCACAUCAGCAAACCAAAGACCACAGUCACCGAAAGGACUGCUUUUUUACCAUGCAUACUGUAUCAAUAAUCACAUGGAAAUCAUAACCAUAAUCAUAAUUUUACUUUUAAGAAAAAUGAUGCUUACAUUCAACCAUAAAGUUCACAGAUCAUAUUUAUUACAUUUAUAACCAUACUUUACAUAUACUAUUUUCUUUCUUAAUGCAUAGGAUAUAUAUUAGACGCAUAGAAAUGGAAAAAUAAGAUAACAGCUCAUGGUGCUUUAAGAUGUGUGCAGUAGUUGAAUUAAAAACAAAUCCACGUUGUUCACAGUUUCAUUCAUAAUGAAAACUGAUGCAGAGAUAGUUCAUACAGACAUUACGACAGACGUUACGACAAGCUGGGUCAUUUGAUAAAACACUGUACGACGUCAUGCAACGUUCUAUGCGAAUGACAGUGAGAAUAUCUAUGACUGUGUCUAUAGAGAUUGCUUACCGAUGUUUUGACUGUUUCUCUUCAGAGUGAGCCACAGGAUAUUGGUGCUAUAUUGAGUCAUAAGUAAUGAAUUUAAACACCACUAAGUACGGUGGAACUAGAAAGGGACAGUUUUCCCUUACUUGUGUAAUGCAACAAGGUAUUGUAAAGAAUGUGUACCUUUUUUUCUCUUGAUUUUUCAUUGUAUGUAACUCGUAUUAUUACAGUGAAUCCCCGUCUAUGUAUGACAAAGGAUCUUUAAUAAAUUGUUGAAACAGA